AUGUCUCUAGUUGAUAGACGGUUGGAUGCUCCGGUCGCGAACAUCCAAUCCACCCUCACAUGCCGACAGUCAGUUGUCUGGGCAGAUGACGGCCAAGCCGGAGAAAAGGCAGAAUUUUAUUAUGGCCUAAAGGGCAGUCGGCCAUUUUCGGGGCAUCAUUUUUCUAUCCGCCCCUUUUCUGGGAUCAUUCACGCUUCAGUAUCAUUCGACAUGUUCACUGCCGGCGGACGAUUGGAGGAAAGGCCGAUCACCAGAUCUAGGCCGCAGAAUGCUUAA